GGGCUGACGCUACCCCGGCGGGCAAGGCUGCUAAAGCCGUGCCGAGGGACAGGAACCGGGCUGAAGUAGAACGCAUUCACGUUCUCCGCUCUCUUGUGGUGCUCGGGUGAAGCAAUGAGGAGACAGGGCUUCUUGAUCGAGAACUUGCUCCGAUCGUGAAGUGCACGAUAGAGCGUAAUGUGGGUUUCUUCAGUGUAGCUUUAGACAUAACUUAAUUAGAGUGUGAAAAUAACAGUAGUGAAUUUUACAGCGAGUAAAGGAAGGUGAAGAUCAACUACGUAACUACAGUAAGAUAGCUCUGAAUGCUAGUUCUGUUGUUGAAUUGACUUUCACUCCAUUAAUUGCUUUACUGGUCGUGGAUUCUUCAAGUUACCAGCAUGGCUCUGGCUGUGAUGCUGCUGGAUGCUGCUUCCUUCCACAGUGCAUGCUGCAGGCACAAGGUUUUGCUCUCCUCACUUGGACCUCUCCUCAGCAAUUCAAAAUUGUACAGCAGCUACAGGAGGCCCGGGGCACAGCCUGAGAAAAAACUGUCUUGGCAAAAUGCUGAUUUCAGCUUAAAGAAGAGCAUUGAUCACCUGAAGACUCACCUAAGUUUGCUGAAGAAGGAAACCCAAGAUUACUUAAAAGGACCUGGAGGCAAUCCAUUAAGUCAGCACUUGUUGGAACAAACAAGGGUGUUGUGGCAGUUUAGGAGCCAAGAAGAUUUAAAUAAAUGGGUUAUUUCCUCUGAUGUGGAGAUCGGAGGGAAAAGUAAAGUUUACAUCAAAUUGGGUCGGAAUAACCAGGCUGCUCUGCUAUAUGGAACCCUCAAUACAGAAGUGCCUCGUGAUGGGGAGACGAAGUACAGUGGAUAUUGCACUAUGAGAUCCAGACCAGAGGUGGGAUCUUUUAACAGAAAGAAGUAUUAUGACUGGUCAAACUUCAACAGUCUGUAUUUACGUGUCCGUGGUGAUGGCAGACCUUGGAUGGUGAACAUUUAUACGGACCCCUACUUCUCUCAUCAAAAGGAUGACCUCUACAGCUACUUCAUGUUUACCAGAGGAGGCCCAUACUGGGAGGAGAUAACGAUUCCAUUCUCCAAAUUCUUUCUCUCCAGUCGGGGAAGAGUGCAGGAUAACCAGCAUCCUGUCUGGUUAGACAAGGUUAGAACCCUUGGAUUCACCAUUGGAGAUAAAGUAGAUGGUCCAUUCCAGCUGGAGAUCGAUUUUAUUGGUCUGUUGAACGACAGAGCUCAUAAAGAAAAGUUUGCCUAUGAAGCAUAUGACAAGAACACUCCAGUCUAAGCUGGGCUGGUGUACUUUGGAACAUUCUUCAGAUACUUGGUUUAUUUUUAUAAAAUACUUAUUAACAUGUGGCUUUUAACAACUUGAAGGGCCUAUUAAAGAGAUAAGUGCGUGAAGUGUGGCAACACUGGCAUCUUUAAACUCCCAACUACAGAAUAAUGAAGAGAUUGUACAAAGAUGGAUGGACUGCAAUGUAGCCUGAGAGCAGUUGUGAUGUUCUUAAAAAGUAGUGACUCUUCUUGGCUUCUAUCCUGACCUUCACUGAAAUAAAAGUAUUUCAUGAGUCUGUUC